AUGUUUACUCGACUGAGAAGACUUUUUCAGAGAGAAAGGGUGGAUGUGACAGAGAGGAGGGAAAGGAGGAAGGAAGCUGUCCUUCCACGUGAGAAUAAUGAAGGACGAAGGAGGUGGUCUUGGAGAAUGUGGCAGGUUCGCAGACAGACAUCAUCCCCUGCACAUGAUCUAAUCAAGAAGGUGGUCAUGGAGGUAGAGGAGAGGCUGACAGAAGAGCUGCAGCUCAUUACCCAGAAUACAAAUCAGGCGAGAGACCGGCUGAUCUUCCUCACAGAUGGAUCCAUUAACAAGAGGCCCUUCCGCAGGCUAGAUCCACAGUAUGAGCUAUUGAAGUACAAGGAGAAGAAGGUGAUGUCAUUUCUGCACAGCUUAGAGAUAGAUACCAUCAACUCCCGUAAACACCUCGAAGAGCUCAAGAAGGAGACUAACUUCUAUAGCAACUUUCAUAACCGGAUAGUGACAGAGAAGAAUCUUGUAAAGAAGGAUUUGGACACACUGAACCAGGAGAUCAUGACAGUACAGGUUGACUGGAAUUCAAUCCAGAAAUAUUUGCUUGAAUUCAUCCUGAAUGACAAAGACGAACAGAAAGAGACCAGCAAGCUCCAGACCCAACACCAUCAGGUCUCAGAAACUGCAAGAGGGCUGAGAUUGGCCACAACUCAGAAACAGCAUCCUCUGCAGAAUGAGUUGCCAGCUCAGGAGCCCCCUGCUGAGCUCCAUCCUCAACAGCCAGAGAAUUCCUUGGAUCAAUCUUCUUCCACAUAGUUUGUUCCUCAGUGUGAAUAAGCCCUACAUCUCAGCCAGUGAGCCAGCCUGGGUGAUUGUGGGUCUUAUUCCCUUUCCUGUUCUGACAAAACCAAUUGAGAGAGAACUGAGUUGACAGU